GUGCUCUUUGCCUCGAGGUGGUGUACUUAAAGACGCCUGUGCGCGUGGGUUUGGCGGGGAGCUUCUAGCGCGCGGAAUGCGGCGACCCAAGAAGACACAUCGAGCUCUACACCGUCACUUCUGUAUCUAAGUAGCCUCGACCACAGCACCGCACACCCCCACGACCGCGUCUUUGCUCGAAACUGCACCGCCACCGGGGCUCUGCUACACUCACCAUGGCGGACAAUCGCAAGAAGAGGGACAGAUAUGCGGGCGCCGCAUACGAGUUCGGAGCCAACUCUGGAGUGAACCAAGGCGGAGCUGCUCCCCCUCCGCCAGGCACAGUGCCUGGCUAUGGAGCACCUGCGCCUGGCUAUGGAGCACCUGCGCCUGGCUAUGGCGCCCCAGCUCAAGGAUACGGCGCUCCGGCACCAUCAUACGGACAGCCCGCAUCGCCAUAUGGACAGCAGCCCGCGUACGGCCAGCCUCCUGCCCAGGACCCCAACGCACUCGGCCAGCAGUUUGGACAGAUGAACCUGGGCUCCCAGCAAGGACAAGCGGUGCCGCAGCAGCAACAACAACAAGCGACCGCGGCGUCGCAGAACCAGUUGUUCCCCUCCGACCUGAUUGCCCAGCCCUUCCACGUCUCUGAGCUCUACAACCCCCCACCGCCCAUCAACCUCCCCGCGAACGCCGCCGCUACACCCUCCGAAUUCGCGAACGAGUCGAGCAAGUACUUGCGCUGUACUCUGAACACCAUCCCCACCAACCAUUCGUUGCUGAAGAAGAGCAAGCUGCCGUUUGCGCUGGUCAUCAGCCCCUACGCCAGCCUGCACGAUUCAGAGGACCCUGUGCCCGUGGUCCACGACCAGGUCAUCAGCCGUUGUCGACGAUGCAGAGCAUACAUCAAUCCCUUCGUCUCUUUCCUCGAUCACGGACACAGGUGGAGGUGCAACAUGUGCAACCUGACCAACGACGUCCCUCAGGCUUUCGACUGGGAUGCAGCACAGCAGAAGAGCGUUGACAGAUGGCAGCGUCCCGAGCUGAACUACGCCGUGACCGAGUUCGUUGCGCCGCAGGAAUACAUGGUCAGGCCGCCGCAGCCGCUGUGCUACUACAUCUUGCUGGACUGCACGCAGGCUUCUGUGAACAGCGGUCUGCUUGCAGUUGUCUCGCGGGUCAUCAAGGAGGCGCUGGAAAGGAUACCGAAUGCCGACGGCAGGACGCGCAUUGGAUUCAUGGCCGUCGACUCGAGUCUGCACUUCUUCUCCAUUCCUCCGGAUGACAGCGAGAACAACGAUGCCCACCAGCUGGUCGUCUCUGAUCUGGACGAGCCCUACCUGCCAAUGCCCACAGAUCUGCUCGUCAGUCUGAGCCAAUGCCGCAACAACAUCGAAAACUUCCUCGACCGCCUUCCCGCCAUGUUCCAGAACACACACGUCCCCGGUUUCGCGCUUGGCUCUGCCCUGCGAUCGGCGCAUAAGCUGAUCUCGCCGCUCGGAGGUAAGAUCACGGUCAUCGGUGCUUCACUGCCAAACGUUGGACACGCUGCAUUGAACCCAAGAGAAGACAAGUCUUUGUUGGGCACUGGAAAGGAAGCCAGUCUCUUGCAGCCAGCUAACAACUGGUACAAGUCGUUUGCCGUGGAAUGCUCUAAGAAUCAGGUCUCGGUUGACAUGUUCCUUUUCUCCUCGCAGUACCAGGAUGUUGCAACACUCAGCAACCUGCCUCGAUUCACGGCCGGUCAAACAUAUUUCUACCCUGGAUGGAACGCUGCUAGGCAAGAGGAUGUUGUGAAGAUUGCAAAGGAACUGUCCGACUACCUGUCUGCAGAGAUUGGCCUUGAGGCUGUUCUUCGUGUGCGUGCCACAACUGGUCUGAGGAUGUCUGCGUUCUACGGCAACUUCUUCAACCGCUCCUCGGACCUGUGCGCUUUCCCUGCCUACCCUAGAGACCAGGCUGUUGUGAUCGAGGUCGCUAUCGAUGAGACCAUCAGCAAGCCAUUUGCCUGCCUUCAAGCUGCUGUGCUUCACACAACUUCGAGCGGUCAGCGCCGUAUAAGGGUUCUAACACUCGCUGUGCCAACCACAGAAAACCUUGCAAAUGUCUACGCUUCGGCCGACGCUCAAGCUAUCACCACCUACUUCACUCACAAGGCUGCUGAGCGUGCUUUGUCGAGCGGUCUGGACGCUGCUCGCGAUGCGCUGCAGAGCAAGAUCAUUGAGAUCCUGCAGACCUACAGGAAGGAACUGGCUGGUGGCAGUAUGGGUGGCGGUGGCCUUCAGCUGCCUCAGAACCUCCGUGCUCUGCCCAUCCUGUUUUUGGGUCUCAUUAAGAACGUCGGUCUCCGUAAGAGUGCACAGAUUCCUUCCGAUCUGCGCUCAGCUGCUCUUGACCUUCUGUCGACACUGCCCCUGCGCCUGCUGGUUCAGUACAUUUACCCGGCCUUCUACAGUCUUCACGACAUGCCUGAUGAUGCUGGUACCCCUGACCCCACAACUGGCCACGUCACAAUGCCUCCUCUGAUGAACCUGACAUCACAGUCCAUUGUUCCCUUCGGUCUGUACCUGCUCGAUGACGGUGUCAAUCAGUUCCUCUGGAUCGGCCGCGACACUGUCCCCGCUCUACUGGGCGACGUCUUCGGUGUUGAGGACCGCACACAGCUCAAGCAGGGCAAGGCUUCUCUGCCAGUGAUCGACAACGACUUCUCCGAGCGUGUACGCGCAGUCGUCGAGAAGUCUGGAGACCACAAGAGCAAGGGUGUUGGAAGCAUUGUCCAGCCUUCGCUGUACAUCAUUAAGGAGGAUGGCGAGCCAAGCUUGAAGCUUUGGGCUCAGACAUUAUUGGUAGAGGAUCGCGCGGACCAGGGCGAGAGCAUUAUCCAAUGGAUAAGCAAGCUGCGUGAGAAGGUUGUCCAGUAGACGUAAAAACCGCGUUAUGUCAAAAUGUAGCUUGUAAUGACUUGGAAUGGCGUAGGCGAGUUGGAAGUCACAGUCGACUUGGGUGGUGGGUGGACUGUCACGAGCAUGGCCAUAGAGCGUUAGCCAGCUGCAUGCUCGCAAUAGACGCAAAUGAAACAGCUCUUGAUGA